AUGGGAGAUGCCUCUAACUACCUUCUAUCUGUAACGGAUCAAAAUCUUCAUGAUUAGUCAUUCGCAGACUAUAACACCAGAGAUAUACCUCCUAAAAAUCUAUUCAACCAGAAUAAUCAUAAGGUUAAAGUAGUGAAGACUGCUGCAAUGGAAGUUGAUGAGGCUGACUAUAACACCUCCACUAAUAUUCCACUAACGAAGCAAAACACAAAAAAUUAGGACUCAACUUAAAAUACUUUUGAUGUAACUUCACCUAGCAAGAGGAAAAAAUCUAAAAAAGAUGUUUUUGGAAUAGUUACUCUUGAAGAUGAAAACAAGCAAUCUCAAAAUUCGCAGAGACGAUUUAGUAUGAGAAAAGGUGAUUCAAGAGUCUCAGAAUUAGAAAAUUCAGAAUUUGAUAGGAGUGAAUAAAAAUAGAGACCAUUUCUGGAUAGUGCUGCUUUUGGACUAGAAACAUCUGCUAUUAAUGAGGGUUUUAAUAUAGCUGUUGAAGUGCUUUUCGGAGUAGAUAUCAUACUAAAGUACAUUAGCGAAGAAGACUUUUACCCUGUUAGAGACAUUAAAAAAAUAGCCAUCAGAUAUCUUAAGCGGUCAUUCAUAUUUGACAUGCUUAGUGUGAUACCUUUUAGGUACUUUAUUAAAGAUGCAGAAACUAGAUAGCUGUGUUCACUUUUUAAAAUUUUGAGACUACCAAAACUAUUCUUACUGCUUGACUCGAGAAAUUUCAAGCAUAUUAUUAAAACUUACUACGACAAUAAACUGUAGAGAGUACUUAAGAAUGUAGACAUGAAGCAUGAUCAGCUUUAGGAUAACAACAAUAUCAUGCUAUAGAUUAUGAUCAACUAUGCAUUUAAGGUUCUAAGAUUAAUUAUUGUGAUUUUUUCAAUCAGUUACUUUAUUGGCACUCUUUGGUACAUCUUUACUUGGUAGAUAGAUGAUCCCAAUGAUGAUACUCCUAAUUCUAACUUUUUCAAAACAUAUGGAAUGAGAGAACUUAAGAAGAAUAAUGAUGACAUCAAUAGCAUGAUUAUAGUUGUUUACUUUGCUUUCACGACACUAGCAACUGUGGGUUAUGGCGAUUAUCAUGCAGUUAGUGACUCUGAGAGAGUAGUCUGUUCUAUCAUAUUGCUUUUUGGUGUGGCAGUCUUUUCCUUCAUUAUGGGUAAUUUCAUUGAGAUUCUAAUGUCCUUCAAAAUUGUAACGGCUUAGAAUGAGGAGUCUGAAAAUCUUACUAAAUGGCUUGGGCUCUUGGCUAGAUUCAACAAAGGUAGACCAUUACCUAAAGAGAUGAUCAGGAAAAUAGAAAACUACUUUGAUUACUAUUGGGCAUAGGAUCGUAAUUAUGCGCUCAAAAGUUAAGAUGAUUUGAGAUUCAUGCAAGAACUUCCCAAAUAGAUUAGAAUCAAUAUAUUCAGAGAAUUUUUGUUUAAAAAUUUCCUAUACCAAUUCAGAUCCUAUUUCACUAUUGAAAGAGAUCCCUCUGAAUUAAACGAUUCAAUGUCCCUUGAAGACAGCAAAGUGCAAAAGCUCAAAUUCUACAAUUGGAAUGAUACCCAGUAUGCGUAAUUUAUGAUGAACAUCAUGCAAAACCUAGAGCCAAGAAAAUAUCAAAGAAAUGAUCUGAUACUUUAUGACCUUGAAGAAGUAGAUGAAGUUAUCUAUGUGUGCAGUGGACAAUAUGGUGUAGGUUAUUAGUUAAACAACUAGGAAUAUAUAGCAGUUAAAAUAGGUUAGAAAUCAGUUAUAGGGGAUCAUUCAGUAGUCUUUAGAAAAAGAUCUGAAUUUAUGUAUCGAGCUCUGGGUGAAAUGGACUGCUAUGGGCUCAGAAAAAAUAGGCUUUACACAAUUUUCGAUAAAUACAAAGAGUUUAGUGCGAAGAUGAAGAAAAAUAUUUCUUCAAGAUAUUAAGAUGUUAUUAGAAAGAAUGUGCUAGAGCACAAAUAAAAGACAAUUGAGAAGAUUAAGAGAAUUUAUAAAAUUGAGUAUUCAUUGUGGAUGUAUGUAAGCAACCCACUGGACGAAGAAAAAGAACUUAAAAAAGAAAUGGAAAACAAGGCUGGAGAGGGCUAAGCUGCAAUGAGAAGAGUAAAAAAACUUGAGUAAAAAGUUGAGAAACUUGGAAACUCUGUCUAUUAGCUAUUCAAAAAGUACGAUAAUUAGUUGCAAGAACUUAUGACAAUUUGA